GGUACUUAAAGWCCACCUGAAUCCUGCGACUUGCUUUCACGGAUCCUUAACAUACUUAACUAAAUAUAGACUUCAAACUGAACUAUAGGACACAAGAGAGACCUGACCAAGUGAUCAUUUACUCCGAACCAAUUAGUCAGCACUCUUCAAGCAAAAUGGUAGAAUUAGUGCUAAGCACUAGAAAAUACAUUUUACUAUUCUGUCAAACUUUAAAAAUCAAUUAAUAGCUGUGAAUGAGUGCACUCUAAAACUACUUGUGCGGUAUCGAGGGACGACUUAAAUAUCUAAGUGCCCAACAUUCUGUAGAAUUGCUGAAUUGUGAACUAGACAUUCGACGGAACACAUUCAAGUGAGAGUUCAAUAUGCAGCGUUUUUCAAUGGGUGUUAAUUUUCCACAAAUCGUAGUUCCUGAAGAUGUAGGAAGAAAGACAAGUGACAUCGAAGAUGGUUGGCAGUGUCAAGGACAGUCGCUGAAGCUGUGUCACCGUACUGGAGUCGGCAACACACAACAGGUUAGAAAACCGUCAACUUCUUAUGCAUCUUUGCUUGCACCCUCUCCUCGGCGAAGAAGACGAUCGUCAACAAACAGCAGCACAGGAAUACAAAAUUCGUACUCUCCAUCAGGACAUAUUAAUAACUCUACCGACUCAGACAGAAAAAUACAAUCGCGAAGUUCCGAUGAGAUUCCGAGAACGAACGACGGAAAAACGACAGAUGGCGACAAGCUACCGAAAAUUUUAACAGAAGCAGAAGAGACGAAAAACUUGACAAGAACUCGAAAAAACAAAAAGAAAAGGAAAAAAUCUCAACUACKUAACAACGCAGCAAACAAUAAACGGAAUCAAGCUUCAACUGUUGAACUUAAAAAAGAAAAUGACGACGAGCUUAAAUACGGRCUGGAUUUAACAAGGAAUUGUAUACCAGGUCUGGAUAUAACAAGACCCUACACAUAUUCCUACUUUCCCAAGAUCAAGGAAAAUAAAAAACACAGUCAAACAAGUGGCAAAAAAAGCACUUCAUCGAGGUUAAUAGUAAUGCGAAAAUUUUUAGUAAGUUGAUUUAUGGCGCUGCCGAGAAA